UGGGGGGGAGCUGAUGUUACUGCUAGUCCAGCUCGCCUGCAUUCCUCCUCUCCCCGAAGCCUGCCUGAGAAAGAAAGAGAGAGAAAGAGAAACGGGAGAGGAAAAAACACCAAUAAUUAUUCAAAGGCGUAUUGGGAUUUAUGUACUGUUGAGGCGGCCUUGCCAAGGAUCUAAUGAAGAGACUAGGGCUCGCGAAUAGCCACGUCUAGGCUCCACCUUUGGACAUAUACAUGAUUAAAAAGCCGUGUUUUGUUGGGUUUUUUUUUUAUUGGUUGUUUGUUUUUAAUAACGGGGUAUUUCGUUGAUCAUCCCGUGUAGGUCAGCAGUCGUAAACGAGUUUUUUUUGAGGGGGGGGGGAUAGCCUGCAGUCUUUCCACGGCGAAUGUAUUUCUUUUUUUAAUGAGGAUUGCAAGAUGGCUGAUGACAGCUACCCCUAACAAGGACAGAAUAGCGACGUCCCCUUUAAGAUUAGAAGGGUAUAUUUUUGUAUUUAUACCGAUUCUGUUUGACGAUGUCUGCUGUAAGCGGCACUGACUACAUGUCAGUAAUUGCAACUGCGGUUUGAGAAAUAAAAAGUCCAGAUGUAGCCUGUAUUUACGCCUGCGCUUUGGGGUCGAAAAUGGUGAGGUGACGUCUGAGGUAAUUGCAUGAUUUAAUCGAAGCUGAGGAAGUAGACAAAUAUGUUGUUGGCUAAUGGCUGAGGUGACAAAUGUCUUGAAUUCGUAGGAGAAAAAAGACCGAUGUAAAAGGGGGUCGCCGCGUAAUCUUCGGGUCAAAGAGACGUUUUUGGUGGAUCUGUCGGCGAAAACCAAAGGCUCGCCACAGCAGCCAACAUUCCAGCGGAUUCUAAAACCCUUUGUUUUGUGCGCAUGAACUGGAUUCGGCUAUUAAACGAUUAACUAUGCAGCACAUAGCCCUUAAAUUAUGCCCUGUGUCUGUUUUCGCUUUCCGUACAAUUACACGGCCUUCACGGUCGCCCGAAAAGUGACUAUUGUGAGAAAAGCUGAGGCCUUGUGUAUAGAUAUGCGAGUUUCGCCUGUGCCACAUACGAGGCGUUAUUCAUCAAAUAGAAUAGACAGUAUUAUGUCGCUGUCGUGUCAAAGUCCGUUGCAGCGUAGCGCUAUGUUUGUCGAAGGGCUGAGGAUACUCGUCAGAUGUAUCUGAUGUGUAAAAUAGUGUUUUAUGUGUUUCACCUGACUGCCAAUUUGCCUCGUUGUUGGAUAUAAUUUCUCGUGGAGGCUCCCCAAAGAGUCUCAUUUCUGAUUCAACGGACAAAAGCAUUACGCUGCAUUGUGAUUAUUGGAAAAACACCAACCUUGAGCUAUCGAUGUGUAAGGUUCAGGUGUAAAACCCUCUGUGUAAAAACCUAUUCAGGGUGUGGGACAAGGCAGUCAGGAUAUUCUCCGUUUUUUUUUUUUACGAUUUUCUAGGUUCGGCUCUUAGUCCGAAUCAGUUUCGGAUAUAUAAUCAACUGACGUGGAGAUCAGGCUCAUUAACUUGAAGGUAAGGGCCUACGCAGACAGGGGGGAAAAAAGGUGAGCGAUCAAGUGUCUUUGCUAUACAGAGAUUGAUUCACGUUAUUACUCAUGUACUAGUCGGUAUGAGUAGACCUGUAGAUAAUAAAAUAAAACCUCAAACACGGUGGUUCUCUGUGCCUUGCUUGCAUUUCAUGGUUAAUCUGUAGCUGACAAAGAGUGUUGGCCAUAGCUGCUUCCUGUAAACCUACACACAUAGACACUGAGAAGCUCGACUGAGAAAGCAGGCCUAGCGAGCGUGAUUUAGAGUAAAGGAAAGCACCCUUUACUGUAACAGGCAUAACGUCAGCCACUACUGUGUGUUGUAAUCACAAAGGUGUUGUCAUUGUUGCCUGAAGCCUUCUAAGGUCAUUUUCUGGAAUUUGCCUUCAUGCCCCAGCAAUAAGCAAUACUAGUCAUCUGUCAGGGAGUCUCUCACCCACGUUUUACACAGACUUGGUUUCAGCUGGACACUUGUGUUGGACUAUAUGAAGAGAUUCUUUGCAAUCGCAACAGUACUGUUUUUAAGUUUCACUCGGCAACCAGAGUGUGCUAGCAUCACAUUUCCUUACGUUGAGGACAGAGAGACCGAAAGCUAGUCACAAGGAGCUAGUGAUAUAUAAGAUUUCAAGAACUGGCAUUGGUGUAUGCCUGGCUGGACCAUGAUGGCUUCUGAUAUGGCCGAGACAUGGAGGAACUGUUUCGAGGAGGAGUUGAUCUGCCCCAUCUGCCUGCACGUCUUCUCAGACCCCAUCCAGUUGCCCUGCAAGCACAACUUCUGCCGCGGCUGCAUCAGCGAGGCCUGGGCCAAAGAUUCCACACUGGCUCGCUGCCCUGAGUGCAACCAUGCUUACACACAGAAGCCCAGCUUGGAGAAGAACCACAAACUGUCCAACAUUGUCGAAAAGUACAAUGCCUUGAGCAUUGAAAAGGCUGCCACACCAGCCUUGCAGUGUAUCCUCUGUCGCCGCGGCCCACCGCUCCCUGCAGUGAAAGUUUGCCUGCGCUGCAAUGCUCCCUGCUGCCAAUCCCACAUCCAGACACACCUGCAGCAGCCAUGCUCAGCCCUGGGGCACCUGUUGGUGGAGGCUGAGGCUGUGAAGGCCUGGACCUGCCCGCAGCAUGACGAGUACAGGCUGUACCACUGCGAGGCUGAGCAGACUGCCGUCUGUCAGUACUGUUGCUUUGCCCGCUGCCAUCCCAGCCAUGGCCAUGCAGUCACCGACGUUGAACUACGACGUAACGAUAUAAGACAAAGCCUGUUGAGGCAACAGGAGCGAGUUGAGGAGAGAGUGCAGGACAUUGAAGAACAGCUUUGCAAACUCGACUCUGACAAAUGUGUUGUGGAGGACAGGGUGUGUGAGUUGAAAGAGGAGGUGCGUUUGCAGUACCAGCGGAUGCAUCAGCUCUUGGAAGAGGACCUGGGUAGAACAUUGGAGGCACUCGACAGGGCUCAGUCCCGGUUCUGCCAGGAAAAUGCUGCCCAGGUUCUCGCCCUGGGAGAACAGCGCCAUGAAGCCCAGAAGCUUCUAAGCUCUGUCCAGACGGCCUUCAGUAAAGCAGAGGAACUCAGUUUCAUGAAGAACACCAAGCCUGUCAGAAUCCUUAUGGAUAGGUCUCAGGCAUGUUUGGGCACUGCUCUCCCUCCUUACAAAGUGGGAAGUCUAAAUUCAAAGCUGUUCCUUUCUGAACUCUCAAAGAGAGAGAAGAGCUUGCGGAGAACACUGGAAGCUCCCCUCACCCCUCCUUCCAACUUCCUGCAGUCUGUCCCUGCUUACGCCAGUGGUCAGAGCUCUGGUUCAGGAGCAGAGAAACGGAAGCACUCCACCGCCUUCCCAGAUGGAAGUGGGAAUGUUGGGAAAACCCCUGCUACCGGUUUCAAAGAGUCUUCCUCUUCCUCCUCAUCUUCAUCCACAUCCAUGGCCAAGCAGCCAUACCUGGGUUCCGGCUCAACCUCAGGAGAGGGCCAGUCCACCAAUCAACAACCUCUUGGCCCCUGUGGCCCCUCCCACAUUAGUGAGGGCAGCGGAACAGGAAGUGGCAGCGGAUCACUGACCAAUCAUCAUUCAGGCUCAGUGUUUGGCUCCUCACACUUUCCUCAUGGAGGUAGUAGCUCUUCCCAUUCUUCCCAGCAGGCAGUGCUGCCUCAGUACGGGGGCCGUAAGAUCCUUGUGUGUACGAUGGAUAACUGCUACUGCUCUGGAGUACCCUCUGUGUCAGGCCACCGCAGCCAUCCCCCAUACCCACGGUCGGGUUCAUUCCCCUGGGUCAGUGCCCAGGACUAUCCCCCACCCCCAGGUCUGGCCUCUGGGGGUCCAUCAAUGCAGGGCUUGGCAGUGAGGGACUGGAUAGAUGCCUCACAGACACACAGACAUGCAGACUUCUAUGGGCUCUAUGGGCAGCCCUCUGCAAAGCACUAUGUCACAAGUUAACAUGGACAUACACACACCUGCACAUACAGUAUAUGCACACACAUUUAGAUAUAGAAACUAACACCCAAAUAGUAAGCCUGUACAGGCUGUAUAAACAGGAUAAUGCACAUGAACACUCAGAUUUAUUGCAAUUCUUUACUACACACACUUAAACAAAUGUUAAUAUAUACUCUCUUGCUCGCUCUCUCUCUCUCUCUGUCUGUCUCUCACACACACACACACACACACACACACACACACACACACACACACACACACACACGUGUGUGUGUAGAACACAUACAUGCUUUCGGGGGCAGGGUUGAACUGUUUUAUUUCCUUUUUUUGUCCUGUCAGUGUAUUAUGCAUAAAGUGUCGAUGCAUAAACUGCAACAUUCACUCUGGUACACCUCAGCUGGACAUAGGAUUUUAUACACACCAAGAUUCAGUGGUCAAUGCAUAAACUUUGAGCACUGCACAAUGGGCCUAUGACAAAGGGAUGAGGCGCAUUGUUUUAUUUAAAUAGCAGGAGAUGGAUUGUUGGAAAGGCUUCACCUAAGAUGAGGCCAAACAGAAUGGGGAUAAUCCUAUGCCAUGUUGAGCUUUCUGGUUUUAGUCCCCUAGCGUCUUAUGUUUCCCUAUGAAAUUGUCCCUCAAAGUUGUACCGAGGUUGAUUGCCUUAUGUUAGCUCUAUCAUACGUUAUUCUGCUCAUCAGAUUUUGUUUGGUAGAUUCUUCUACAUGGACAACUGUCACUAUGUGUCCCUUGAUUUGGUUGCUGCACUUUGGCCUCCUUUCAUUGCUGAGUUCAGGGAUGUAUCGUACAGCUUGAACACAAAAUGCUCUUCCAUGUUCCCCACUGUGUGGAACACCCACAAUGCACUUGGGGACGCCUUGGUAUGCCUGGACUACGGAUGCCAACCCACAAGAGGACACUGGAGCUGUGUCUGAGGGGGCUCAUUGACCCUAACCUAGUCCUCUGCAUUCUGGGAAUCCAGCCCCUAUUCCUAGCACUCCCUUUCUGGAGGGAGGAUCCAAUCCCCCUUCCUGCUGCCAGGCCUCCCAUAGGACUGAAAUUCUUUGUCUGAAAGAGACUGUUUCCAUUUAAUAGUAACUACGACAUUUGUGUUAUGUGCUACAUCCAUAGGUUUCAUGUUUGUCUUCAAAGACUUGUUGAAACAGAGGCAAGACUGGACAGACUAACCUAAUCAACACAAGCAUCUGGAGUGUUGACGACGCUGUAAUUGUACUUCCUGCAGGGCAAAGAUGUCACUUCCUCUCAACAAGCACACUAGCUCUGGCUUCCUGUUUGCGGCUGUAAGCAUGCGGGGAAGAUUUUUAUAAGCACUCGAGAAAAAAAAGAAGAAAAAAAGAAGAGCAAUGGGAAAACUGUAUGCAGGUUUAAAAGAGUGCGUCAAAAAAGGAUGGGAUAAUUUUUUUCAUGAACUUUUUCUAAAGAAAGAGACUGGACUGCUUGAUGUAAGCAAAUGUUCAAAAUCCACAAGGAAGUUGUUACAAGAACAUUCAACCCAACAUUUAAAAAAAAGAAAAAAAAAGGAGAAGUAUCUUUUUUUGUAAAUAUUUUGUGAAAUGGAAAAAUUACGGACAUGUCAUUUGGAGGAAGGUUCCAAAUAAAUCAAGGAAUUUAAA